AUGAUGCAUUUAAGGAGUUAUUAUUUAGUGGUUUCAUCGAUUCUCGACUAUGGAAAAGAUGAACGAAUCGGGUAUGAACCGCAGCAAUUACUCGAUUACCUUCAAAAAGUAACUGGUUUCGAUGAAAAUGAACACAGUGCUCUCGUUGAAAAACUUGAUCGAUCUUUACAAGUACUUGUCUGUCUGCCUGGAUGGAUGGAUAGAUUUUGCACUACUGAGCCCAAAAUUAAAGCAGAUUUGUAUGGCAGUCUGGUAACAUCUCGCGGCACCAAUAGUGGUAUUGGUUGCUCGAUGCAGUGCAAAUUAAAGAUAUUUGCAGAAGAGAAGAAAAAUCUUGGAAAAAAUUAUUCACAGAACCAGAGUAUUACGGGUGAUCAUAAACGUCGCAAACAUUCAGAUGUGCGGAAAUUUUUGUCACCAAAUAAGAUUCUAAGAAGGCACAAGAGUGAUUCAUUUCUAAAAAGAAUUCAUUAUUAUGGAUCGGCGGAUGAAAACGAUUCAUCCAACGAAUCAAAUCCAGAUAGCGUAACGAAUAAUGCAGAAGGUUUUGAAGCAGUUUCAACCAAUCUUAAUUCCGAUGAACUAGCUGGGGAUCUUCUCGACUUCACAAAAACAAUUUUAGAAGCAGACGCAAAUCUUCAUUCCGAGCAGAACCAUGAUGAAUAUAAUGGAUGUUUAAAGGAUAUUAGUGAUGCAUUACUUCACAGAAUGGUCCGAUUUGUUAAAAAUUCACAAAUGCUUCGACAUGUUAUGAUACUCAUGGUUUUGCUUGAAUGGGAUCAUUCCACAAUAACUCUUAAUUCACGUGCUAUAUCAAAAGCUAUGGCUGAAUUAUGCAAAUAUAAUAAAUCAAGCCUACCAUUAAAUAGAUCAUUGUUAAAUCGUCUCGAGCUUUCACUGAAAAACCACAUACGAAUUUUGGCAUCUGAAUGUUCUUUGCAAUUUUUUCCUCCAACAGACCAUUCAGCAGAAUUAUCAACUUUUGGCAGGAAAAUUGAAUUGGUUUAUCGUUUAUUUCGCCUUGAAUUAUGGCAAAAUUUUACCGAGUUUUCGCUGAUUGAUGAAUUUCUUGGCAUUUUGAAGUCACUUAUAAGGCGUGACAUAAUGAAUUGGCUAUCAGAAUGUGAAAUGAAUUUUCCGUCAUCGAUGAGAAAUUUUUUGAAUUCCCUCAUAAAGUUUAGUGAUUAUUAUGUGAAAAUGUUUGGUUCAUGUGGAAUUUCUUAUAUUUUCGUCAUAUUUUCUGCCAUCGAUGGUAUAAAAUUAAGUAGUCAUAAAUGCGAUGAAAUGGAAGAAUUUUCAAAAAUAACUAUGAAAUUAUACGAAGAUUUUAAAAAUUUGGCAGAAAUUGGGAAAGAAUCAAGAUUUAUUGCUGAAAUAUGUGCUUGGACAAAAUGCUUGCCCUUGCAAAUGUUUCAUGAAGUCGAUGAGACGAGUUAUUUUAGGAUUAAAAAUGCCGAAUUAUAUCAGUAUGAGCAAUGGUUUACUUCUUGUAUUAUUUAUUGGACGUAUACGUGGAGGAGCUUAAGCGUACGAUAUGUUUCACUUGCCAUGGAAGAAGAUAAAAGCAGUGUGAUAAAAGCUGAUGAAAAAGUUUUGCCAUCAGCCGUUAAUUUUAUUGCUAUUCAUAAAGCCUUGUAUGAGGAUUUCAUUCAUCUCGAUUUAACAAAUCUUUCAUCUAUUAUAAUUUGCAUUUAUAAAAUAAUUUCGGCAUUACUAUCGGUGAAUAGUAUAAUUCACCUUAAAAAGUUUAUUGUAAAAAAACUGAAUGAACUCUUAACGAUUCCGUUGACCGUAAAGAAAGUACCAAACGAUGAAUAUAUAUCACUAUCAAUUUUCAUCCAACAUACAUUGCACUUUUCCACAAAGGGAUGGUUGAUAAGCAAAAGAAGAACAGAACGCGCUGAACAUUUAUUUGGAUAUAUCGAGCAAAUCUCAUCACUGACAAAUACUUUUCUUUUGGCUGAACUUAAUAAAGACGUCAACCGACAAUUAUUUUUCAUUAUCGAAGAUUAUUUCGAUAAAAAUCUUCGGAGAGGCGAAAAUACGGAAUAUUAUAAAGAAAUUGAGGUAAUAAUAGGAAUUCUCUGCCGAUUUUUACAACUCAGAAGUGAUGAUGUGAAUCAAAAUUUCUCGAAAAGACUUCACCUAAAUCGUCUAUCGAGCGAAAAUUUAAUUUUUUCUUACUAUUGUCAAUUGGCCGAUAUUACUCAAAAUAUAACAAACAUUGAUGUGAAAAAUGCACUGAAUUUGAAUUUGAUAAUAGGCGAUAAUAAUAAAUCAAUGGAUUGCUUUUGCCAAAUUGAACUUUUGCCCGAAUUUUUAUUUCCGAAAAUGAAAUACUGUAAGCAGCAAACCCAUAUUGUGUACAAUAAUAAAAAUCCGAAAUGGGAGAAAGAAUUUAUUUUAAAUAGAAAUACGGCAGAAAUGCGGCAGAUUUUCGCCAUAUGCUGGAACACGGCACAUUUUUGUCAUGCACUGGGCAAAUAUACGGCAGAUUUUCGCCAUAUGCUAGAACACGGCACAUUUUUGUCAUGCACUGGGCAAAUAUACGGCAGAUUUUCGCCAUAUGCUGGACAGGAACACGGCACAUUUUUGUCAUGCACUGGGCGAAUAUACGGCAGAUUUUCGCCAUAUGCUGGACAGGAACACGGCACAUUUUUGUCAUGCACUGGGAAAAUAUGCGGCAGGACAAUCGACGACGAAUUAUUUUUCACGAAUGGUUCAGUGUUACGUUUCACCGUAUUUCGCAACAACUCACCAAAAGUUCAAGAGAUAAUCGGUGAAGCUCAUAUUCUGCUUCCAACUAUUCCACGAACUGGAACGUCCUCAACCAACCUACCCCUUUUAUCGAUACCACUGAUGUCAGUAUCUUGCAAAAAACUUCUUGAACCAUUUCAAGUUUUAAUGGAUAGAAGUCGAAAUGAUCAAACUGCUAAAGAACUAUGCAAAUAUGAAAAUUUCGCCAAAAAUACAUGGUGCGAUUAUAUUUCUAUAAGAAGAAAAGAGAGCAAAUUGCAGAUAUGA